UUAUUUAUUAUUCUUUUCCGGAAACGUUUUAUUAAAUACUCAAGUUUUCCGGAAAUUUAAGUGUGACACUUUUAAGUAUAUUCUUAAGGUAAUGAUUAAUUCUUUCGUUAGGUGGGUAGAUUGGUCUAGUUGGUAGUGUGUUUGGUUUUAGGUUGUGGGUUCGAAUCCUUUUGGGUGUAACCUAGUUUAUCUUGCUUUCUAUCAUCUCUAUUGAUUUUUUUAAAACUUUUUACCAUUAAAAAAAAUUUUUUUAUGAAUUUUUUAUCCUUAAUUUAUCACUUAAAAUUUAAGUUUAAUUUUUUAGUGAACUACUUCCUUCAAAUUCCCAUUUAUUAAUGUGUUGUCGUGAUUUACAUGAAUUAUGUUCCAAUAUGUUUUUUAGUUCGGUUAGUUCAGCUACUCAACGAAUUUUAGCUAAUGCAAGAGUUCCCGAUUAUGAUUUAUUGCCAGUUAAUUCUGUUAAUCAAACACUCCUUUUAUUGCGUGAUAUUUUAGAAUCGCCAAAUUAUGGGACUUUGUCUGUUAAUACUGAUAAACGAGAAAUUUAUAAUAAGAUAUUUCAACACAUUUUGGAUCCAUUAAUUCAAUCAAUUCAACUAGUUUGCAGUAAUUUGGAUGAUUUUUUGGAUGUUUCAGUUUAUAUGUUAAACUGUCUAAAUUCAAUUCGUUCAAUUUUAAUUUUAUAUCAAUAUACUGACAAAAAAUUAGAAAUGAUUAAAGCACAAAUUGAGGCUAAUGAAGAUGUGUUAGUUAGUGAACAAGCAUCUCAAGUACUUGAUAAGACUGAUAUGUUGGAUUUGUAUACUAAAGCUAUGGCACAUGAAAUUAAUCAAGGCCAACUUUCAAAAAUUGUUGGAAUGGAACCAGGAAGAGUUAAAGACUCUAUCACUCAAUUUAAUCAAUUUUUAUUAAAUAUGGACAGUUAUAAUUGUAAUCAAUUAGCUAAAAUAUCUUCUACAAGAAUUUUAAAUUCAAUUCAAAAACGAACAAAUGAACAUAUUUUGGCUGCAUAUAAAAUUAUUUAUUCAAAAAUUAGUGACCCUUCUAAUGGAUAUCCAGUUAUUGAACAAAUAAAGACUAUUGAAGAAGUUGAAUCAAUUUUGUGUAAAAAUGAAGGUUCUAAAGCGUGA